AUGAAGAACAAAAGGAAAAAGGGCAAUGGGACACCAGUUGCUGAAUUUAUUUUACUAGGGUUUUCAGAUAUCCCUGAAAUGCAAAAUUUCUUGUUUGCUACGUUUCUGAGUUUCUAUUUAGUUACUCUUGUUGCAAAUUCAUUACUUUUGAUCACUGUGUCAGUGGAUCGCAGCCUGCACACCCCAAUGUAUUUCUUCCUAGGGAAUCUUUCCUUCCUUGAGAUUGUAUAUACAUCUAAUAUAGUUCCCAGGAUGUUGGUAGGUUUGAUCUCUGAUGACAAAUCCAUUUCAUUCAUUAGCUGCAUGGUCCAGUUUUAUUUCUUUGGGUCACUGGGUGGUACUGAAUGUCUCCUCCUAUCAGUGAUGUCUUUUGACCGUUAUAUUGCCAUAUGCAACCCUCUUCAUUAUGCAAAUAUAAUGAAUGAUAAGAUGUGUUUUUUACUAGCAACUGGCUCUUGGAUCUCUGGUUUUCUAAUAACCCUGAUUACACUGCUGCUUAUGACUCACUUAUCCUUCUGUGGCCCCAAUGAAAUAAAUCAUUUCUUUUGUGAUUUUUCUCCACUGCUGAAGCUUGUUUGUUCAGAUGCCUAUCUCUUUGAAAAGACUUCCUUCAUCCUUUCAUCAAGUUUAACUUUGAUCCCAUUUAUAUUCACUAUAAUAUCUUAUGCUUAUAUACUCUCAGCUGUUCUUAAACAAUCUUCUGGUAUUGGCUCUAAAAGGGCUAUUUCUACUUGCUCCUCUCAUCUCAUUGUAGUUACAACUUUUUAUGGAACACUAAUUACAAUGUAUGUGGUUCCUUCUGCAAAACAUUCUAUAGAUACAAGCAAGAUCUUUUCCAUUUUCUACACUAUUGUGACUCCCAUGAUUAAUCCCCUUAUUUAUAGCUUAAGGAACAGGGAAGUGCGGGAAGCUUUGAGAAGGCUUAUAAAUACAAAACAUGUAUUUUGA